AUGAAUGCCGAUGGCGGGGUAGAACUCGCGCUGUAUCAGCUAAUGAAAAAUGCCCCCGUUCGUAAGACCAACGUACUCAUCGUUCCCGAACAGGGACAAAUUGCCGUUAAUUUCGUGGAUAACCUUAUACUGGUUCAUCACAAGCUGUCGAAGACAUCACUGGCAUACGAUAUCGCUAUUGAGGGCGAGCUUGUGGACGGCGUACAGAAACAUUUUCCAAUGCUGCCUCCAAUUUCCUUGGCGGAAUUCAAAAUCCCUUGUAAAAGUAUCCCGUCCCUCGCCCUGGAACCCGCUGAGGAAUUCAAAAUGAUUCUAUGUAUCCUUUGA